ACCGGCUUAGGCCACGUGAAGCCGGAACCCUAAAAACUACGUCGUUUUACAAACCGUUCGUGGCAAAACUAGAGGACACGUAAGAAUCACAGCGUCCAGCGAGUGGAUAACGAAGGGACGAUGAUGAUUUUGGUAACUUCGCCGGCGGCGAGAUUUCACGGUCACCGCCCGCUCCUUCCGCCGCAAAGCUGCCGCCAUUUUGGACGGAGCUUUGAAAUCUCAGCCUUCGAUCGGUGCAAACCAUGGCCCAUAGUAGAUCGCUGCAAUGUACGGACACAGGAGAGACUCGGUUACAGUGAGAAGUGCCUGGUUCGUCGGAGGCCGGAGACGGAGGAGGCGGUGGAGGGAGAAGAUGAUAGCCUACGGGGAGUUCUACGGUAUCUUCUGUGGACCGUAGAAGCUGUGUAUAUACUUUGGCUCUUUCUUCUUCCUUAUGCCCCUGGAGAUCCUGUUUGGGCAAUUAGUUCGGAGACAUUGAAAUCUCUGGUGGGGCUUUCUUUGAAUUUCUUCUUUGUAUUGCCUCUUGGAAAUUCGGCUGGUGUCCAUUUUCUUGAAGCUCCCAUUCUCCAUCCAAUGUCUGAAGGGUUAUUCAACUUCGUGGUGGCAUGGACGCUGAUGUUUGCGCCAUUGAUAUACACAGACGGGAAGAGAGAUCGAUACAAAAGCUCUCUCGAUAUCUUGUGGGGCCUCAUGAUGUUCCUCACAAACACGUUUCUAAUACCGUACAUGGCCAUCCGGCUAAAUGACCCCGACCCAGAUGACAAACCGAGCAAAAGAUCUCGGCUGGGGGACCUCAUGACGAAUGGGGCAGCCAUAGUCGGCCUGACAGGUGCUGCAGUGUGUAUGAUAUCAGCGUUCUGGGGUCUGUACGGCCGGUCGGACGGAGGUUUCGGGGGUGUGACGGACAGAUGGCAGUACCUGAUUGGUUACUUGGGAUCGGAGAGAUUGGCGUAUGCGUUCAUAUGGGAUAUCUGUCUCUACACAAUCUUUCAGCCAUGGCUGAUUGGGGAUAACCUGAGAAACGUGAAGAAGAAGAACAAGAAGGAGUUGGUUAAGUAUCUUAGAUUUGUUCCUGUCGUGGGAUUGGUUGCUUAUCUCUUGUUUCUCAGCGUCGAUGAUGAAACACUGUAAAACCGUUGUGUAUUAUUCGCACGUGUCUUUAAUAUAUGUAAAACUGAAUUAAUGCAGACUACGUUUCGUCAA